UGACUCGAGCCGCUACGCCAUGCGAGUGGCUGCCGGCAUGGUGCAGAUGCCGGCAGCGCAAACGACCUUUGAUUUUCAGGUGAAGCGAGAAGACACGCCUACUGCGACAGAGGAGCUGUGCAGCUUUUGCUUCAAAGUCUUGCUGGCAAAGUUGCAAGGAACUCCUUUGCCAUCGCUUUCAUCUCAGCGCGUUUGCUGGGACGCUCAAGAUUUACAAAAGCAGGUGCCAGGACUUUUCGUUGGUUGGCACACGCCUCAGGGCCUUAGAGGUUGUAUGGGCACGCUGCAGCCGAUCGAACUUCACCGUGGCCUUUCAGAUUACGCCCUCACCAGUGCCCUGUACGACCUACGCUUUUCGCCCAUCACCUUAAAGGAGGUGAAAACGCUGACUUGUCGAGUGUCCAUUCUCCACAGCUUUGAGCCAUGCUCUGAUCCACUGGAUUGGAAGCUGGGCAGCCAUGGCGUCACCAUGGCUUUUAGUGCGGCGUUUUGCAGCUUUUGCCCUUGCAGCACCUGCAAAUACACCGCCACCCUUCUCCCUGAAGUGAUUCUGGAGGAGGGGAUGUCGCAAGAGGCUGUACUGGAGAAGUUGGUGAGAAAGGCAGGCUACAGAAAACAAUGUAGUCCAAAGAUGAUGAGAUCUCUGGAGAUCACGCGUUUCCAGUCCACCAUGUGCGAUCUGGAUUUUCAGAGCUAUGCCUUGAAACAGGAGGCUGUCAGUUGACUGGAGGGCAAUGUGCAGACCCAUGAGCCAUCUGUGAGAUGAACAAAGAUUUCAUGAGUGCAGGUUAAAUUCACACCUUUAUAAUAAUACAGGGGUCCCUGUCGCGCAAAGCUGUGGAACUGUUGUG